UGCCAGUUUUGGGCUAAUCCACCAUCCAACAUCAGCAGGAAAGCACUGAGACUCUCAAUGGCGAUGCCUAUAUUUCUUGAGGUGGAACUGGUUCCUAUAGGCCUUAUUCUGAAUAAUGUGUUGUUUGGUAGAAUCCCAAAGCUAUCAGAUGUGGAAUUAUACUUUUUCUUAGAUGAGAAGGAAACAGUAAGGUCUAAACGGGAACGUGCUCAUCUAUUUGAGACCAUGGCGACUCGCAAGGCUAUGAUCAAAGCUAGUGUAAACGGCACAGAGUUGUUGAUAUUCUCCUCAACACUACUGGACAAGACCUCCCAGUUUUUCAUCAAGAAGCAGCAUAAAACAGAAAACUAUCUUUGGGGUUUCUUUCUCCAUAACAAAAACUCACAAGCACAUGUUCCAGGAACUUCUCAUCACCUUGAUGAUGGCAAUGUUGUUGACAUGGACAUAGACCCUGAAGACCAGAAGACUCUAGGGCUAACUCUCCAGCCAAUUGCAGUAUCACAAAGCACUUCCUCAAGUUUACCUCCUGGUUUUAGGAUGAUAUGGACACCAACCUCCUCAAGGCCUUGUUGAUCUUCAGGAGAAAGACCGUAUUGGAGAGCUAGAUAAACAAACAUCUUCAGGUUUGAAGUAUAGUCACGGUGUGAAGCAGCUAGCUAGCUUAGAUAGAGAGGUACAUAUCUCGGUUUAGCAAUUUGACCAUUUAAGAGAAAUUUUGACAGAUCUUUUUGAGUGUUUGUUGGAACCACAGACUCUUCUUUUGUGAAGACAAUAUUAAAAUGUUUGUAACCAAACUUUAACCAGAGAUCUUAAAGAACAUCAUUGACUUUGCAGUUUGAUAUCACCAAUUUUUUAAAAAUUAAUUUCUUAGGGUUCAAUUGAUCCGGUUCAACCGGCUAAUUGGUUUUGGUAAAAGGUGACGUGUCAGACUGUUAUUGGUUAACAAGCUAGGUUUCUCACUUUCCCUCCAAACAAAAAAAGAAAAACAAAUUGAAAAAUAAGUUUUAAGACUUAAAAGAAGCUUCAGACAUAUGAUUAGACAGACCCUUCAGCUUCUUCUUCUCUCUCUCCGGUCUUGUCUUUAGUAAGAUAAAGAGUACUGUGCACACAUCUCCCUGAUACGACCAUGGCCGGCGAAUCAAGAAAGCGAAAGGUUGGUCUUUUAUACGACGAGAGGAUGUGCAAACACGACACACCUGACGGUGAGGACCAUCCCGAGUGUCCUAAUCGCAUCAAAGCUAUCUGGGAGAUGCUUCAGCGCACUGGUCUCGCUCAAAGAUGUGUGGUUCUUGGUGGUAUCAAAGCGGAAGAUAAGCAUCUCCAACUGGUUCACACGAAGGAACAUGUUAAUUUAGUUAAGAGAUUAAGCACAAAGAAGAAAGAUUCUCGGAGAAACAAGAUUGCUUCAAAGUUGGAUUCCAUAUAUCUGAAUGGAGGCUCAUCAGAAGCCGCCUAUCUUGCAGCUGGAUCUGUUGUAGAGGUGGCAGAGAAAGUUGCAGAAGGAGAGUUAGAUUGUGGCUUUGCUAUUGUUAGGCCACCAGGGCACCAUGCUGAGGCAGAUGAAGCCAUGGGGUUUUGUUUGUUCAACAAUGUAGCUGUUGCUGCCAGCUAUUUACUAAACCAAAGACCGGAUCUAGGUAUCAAAAGGAUUCUGAUUGUUGAUUGGGAUGUUCAUCAUGGAAACGGUACGCAGAAGAUGUUCUGGAAAGACCCUCGUGUGCUAGUUUUCUCCGUUCAUAGGCAUGAUGGUGGAAGCUUCUACCCAAGGGGAGAUGAUGGAGAUUAUGACAAGGUUGGGGAAGGAGCAGGGGAAGGUUUUAACAUAAACGUUCCAUGGGAGCAAGGAAGAUGUGGAGAUGCAGAUUAUUUUGCUGUAUGGGACCAUAUCUUGAUCCCUGUGACCAAAGAGUUUAAUCCUGAUCUUAUUUUGGUUUCAGCUGGAUUUGAUGCAGAAUGA